AUUAGCUGGAAUCAGAUGUCCUACAACAGAUUGCACAGUAAACACGCGUGGAUAUGCAGAGUGCGAACUUUAAUUGGGUAGCCUAUUUGCACAAUAUAUAAACCUUUGGAUUAUGCGAUAAACUAUCCCGCAGAGAACAAUUAUCUAUCACCCGAUUGAAUGCCUGAGCGAAUUCAGAGUGGGACCAGAGAAAGAGGGGAGUUUCUCAUACACUUUUAGCCGGAGGACUGCGGCUGGAAAGAGUCUCUCUGUUCUAUAGAAUGCCGGAGAGAUUCUGUGUAGCGCCCCCUUGUGUGGAGGAGGAAUGACGACGCCCCUUCGAUGAGAGCCAUGGAGCUGAAAGUGUGGGUGGAUGGAGUGCAGCGGAUCGUAUGUGGCGUCACAGAGCACACCACAUGCCAGGAGGUGGUCAUUGCCCUGGCCCAGGCCAUUGGGCGUACUGGCAGGUACACGUUGAUCGAGAGAUGGCGGGAGACGGAACGCCACUUGGCCCCGCAUGAAAACCCUGUGGUGUCCCUCAACAUGUGGGGCCAGUAUGCCAGCGACGUGCAGCUGGUUCUCCAGCGCACCGGCCCCUCCCUCAGCGAAUGUCCCAACUCCGACGGCGCAUCCCGUGUGCCCGAGCGCGGCCUCUACCGCCAGAGCCUGCCUCCUCUGGCCAAGCUGCGCCCAUCGGCCAAUGACCGCUCGCUCAAGCGUCGGGAGCCCAAGCGUAAGUCCCUCACCUUCACGGCCAAGGGCUUGAGGGAUAUUUUUGGGAAGGGCAGAGAUGCCGAGGCCAAGCAGCAGCAGAGAGCACUGAACCAGGGCAGGGGGGUGGUGUCUGUGCCCCUCAGUCCAGCCCGGGAGCUGUUGCACCUGGUCCAGCUGCAGAAGGACAAGCUCCAGCUACUGGAGAGCCGGCUGCAGGGCUCCGAGGCAGAGCUACAGGGCUGUGAGAGCGGUGAUGUUGGCACGUGCAUCGAGGGUCAGGAGGGCAUUGGCGUGCUGGAGGAGGAGCUGGUGCGUCUGGAGCAGCAGCUGCGGAGGAAUGAGGUGGAGAUGUCCGAGGAGGAGUUCUGGCAGAACGAGCUGCAGAUCGAGCAGGAGAGCGAGCGGCAGCUGAGGGAGCAGCUCCAGGAGCUGAUUGGACGAGUGCGGGAGUGUGAAGCCCGACUGGGGGAGUACCUGACCCGUGUCCAGGGCAUGGAGGCUGGCCUGGAACAGGAGACUGAGCAGAGCAGGCAGGUGGACGAGGAGGAGGCAUGGGCCCAGCUGGGGAAGGUCAGGGCGGAGCUGGAGCAGCAGGUUCAACACAGAGUGCAGCUGGAGAGCAGCAGCAGGGCUGUGGACCGCUCACUGGGACAGUCCAGCAAGAAACUACAGGAGAAGGAGCAGGAGUUGGAGCAGUUGACCAGGGAGCUGAGACAGGUGAACCUUCAGCAGUUCAUCCAUCAGACUGGCACCAAGGUCAGCGUUCUACCAGCCCAGCCCAAUGACCAGGAGAAUAACACAGACCUCCAAUCAGGCUUGCUGAAACGUCUGGGCUCCUCCCGCCUCCUCCCUAGCGACCUCCGAGCUCUGCAGAGUCCAGUGUCUUCAGGCCUCAACCCUGAGGGCAUCUACGUCUGACCCCUGACCUUUACCUUCUGCUGCCUACCAUCAGUGACCCUCUGCUGGAGUUCAAUGUAAUGGCUGGAAUGGAAUAAAUGGAAUGGUACCAAACACAUGGAAACAACCAUUACAAUGAGCACUUGCGCUGGCAGCUCAUCCCCUAGCCUCCUCUGAUCUCCACCCUGUCCUCCCACAAUGCCAUCCUUCCCCUUCUCUCUGCUGCGUUUCCUCCAUCUUCCAUGAGAACACACAGAGACCCCCAACAGUUUUGUCAAGACUAUAGGAUUUAGAAUGUUUGCCUCGUUUUGGCUGUUCUGCCACUGGUAGAUAGCUGGAGAGCUCAACCAUGUUCUUGCUAUGCUUUUCAAACAGUCAUGCAUCUUUUGAGGUACAGAAGGCCCAAUUUCAAACAGAACGUUUUAGCCUCACCUCUGUGCACUUCUCUAUUUCCUCUCGAAGACCUACAAGGACUGAGUAGAUGCGAGAAAUAUGGUAUUAACACCACCUAGCACUCUGUUACCUUCAUAUAGCAAGCUAAUGGACUAGUAAAGUGCACAAUCACAGUCAUGUGAUGACUUAACUAAAGAGUCCACUGCUGCCCGUGGCCCUGGCCAACCAUGAGGAAAUCCAGCUAUUUGUAGGGGUUGAGACUAAAGAAAGUCCCUUGGAGAUCAUGCGAUAUAGAGGAAAUUUAAAUAUCUUCUGACAACCAUGAUUUACAAAGACAGAGGUCUCAAAAGUCUAUUGGCCAUUUGUUACAGAAACAGAAUGGGUCAGAAAACCCUAUUUUACACAGAUAGGCCACCUUGUGUGAGACCUGUGGUGUGUAGCAGAGCCAUAUCUGACUGCCUUAAAGACUUUAAGAACAGUAAAGGCUGUUAUAACAGAUACUUAUAGUCAUGGCAGCUAUGCUCCAGAGAUCUGAUGCACCAUUUAUGGUCAACACAGCAGUCUAGUGACUAAUUGUUGAUCAGUUUUGUGAUUUUUUUUAUUUUUGUGGCUGAUGUCAAUAGCUGUAUAAUCUGGUCUGCCACUGGGUGGCAGAAUACAUCUCAUAAAAGAUUUCGCUAGGAUCUUAAUAUUGGUCAUUUCAUAUUGAUUAUACUUGCAAAAAUAUUACAUUAUGCAAUUUAUGUGGUUACUCACUUUCAUCAUUGGUAUCGUUUAGUAUGCUGUAAGUUUACCGUUGCACUUUUACUUUGGAAGGGCCUGUAGAAUUUGUACUUACCACUUAGUUUUUAGAGAUAAUGUCUUGUUUGUGUUGUAGUUUUCUUUUAUCAUUUGUAACCUCUUGAAAGAUUGUUGGUUUGUCUAUUGUCUUACAUGGCUAAUAAUUUUUCUGAAGUUAAAAAGAUGUCUCACAUGAACCAAAGCAAGUUAGACAAUGUGAUUGGUAGUGGUCAACCUGAAUGUACUUAAUUUGUUAAAACAGAACAUGCUCUGUAAAUACCUUUACAGGGGCCACUGUAUCUGCCUCCACUUUAAAAGUGAUGCAUUUGUAAUGGAGAGAGUUAUUGGACUGUGAAUGUAUCUGUCAAUAGAUCGAACUCCACUCUGUGGCUCUUCAGCCUCGUGGAGAGAGGACUGUGUGAGAUAAAAGGUUGUUAUUUGGUUGUGGACUAGUUGAUACCAGGGAACCCCACCAACAGCAAAGCCGGUGGACGCACGUCAAGGUCAUUAGACGGACCUAAAGCUCGUUCCAUUCAGUAUUAUUGAUGUCCUAGUUUGGAUCAUGAAGGGUUGAGCUGUGUCGCCAAAAUGUAACCCACUAACACAAGAACAAUGGCGCUUAACAACGUAGACAGCAUAGACUAUUAGCAUGCCUUACUGAAUUGUAAAUAAUCACUACAUAGUAUUGGAAUAUUUUUACAAUAUUUAAAAUAAUGCAUAAUGCUGACAAAGACAAUAGUUGUUCAUAAUAUGAAUUAACUUUGGUUUUAUCCUGCUACUCUGUGGACAGCUUGGUGCAUGCACUGAUGGCUUGGUUUCAUUGAUGUUUUUGUAUUGUUGAAAUGACCAGAGGCUUACGAUGAUAGCGGAGUUAUAAGUAUGGAAGUAUAAUGUUUAUCACAGUGCAUGGCUCUGUCUCCUGCGGUGCCAUGUCUUGGUCCCAGACCAGUGCAUUCACUCGAAUAUGUCAGAGGACACCGAAAUGCAAACUGUAAACAAAGAGGGUUUUUAAACCCUAAAAAGUGCCCCAUCUUUUGGUGGUUAUUAGACACAGCCUACGAAUAAAGGUCCAAAGUUGCAGGGUCGUUUCACAUCAAAAAGCACAUGAGGAUUUCGACACCCACUAUCCCAGGUUUUUUCUGAAAUUGUUUCUGUAGUGAGUAACAGAUACGAUUAGCAUUCCUGAAACAUUAUUUUGAUUAAAUUCUAUUUCAAUAAAAUAAUGUUUUAGGAAUGCCAAUCUUACCUGUUUCUAACAAACUAUUUCUGAACAAUCUGAGAUGGUGGGUGUCAUUGCUCGCUGAAAUGACAUGGAAUGACUGCACUGAAAUCUUUUAGGACUGUUCUUAAAUGUUGCACCAACUGAGUAUGGUGUUCUCAGAAGUCUUUUGGGCCUGUCUUCGUAAACAUGUCUAUAAUCAACGGUUUUCUAGACCGGCUCAAUAUUUUUUGAUUGAGCCGACAUAUGCAGCGUUUACCAUGAAUGCUGUCUCCACGAACGCGGGAACAUUGCAUUUACAUUUCUAUUGUGCCGCAAAAGACAGUAACGAAGGCAUAAACUGCUUCUCCAAAAUAAAUACCUGCCCAGACUUGUAGGCGAUGUCAUGGCAACGUUGGAAACACGUCAUCGGGUCUAACGGUCAUCUCACACCGUACUGCGCAUGUGCAGGUCUCCAAUCAAAGGCGCAAAAAUGAAAACGUGUCAGUUUGUCACUUUCACGAGGUUGGAGUAAUAACAUGUUCAAUUUCUUAAAAUAUUGUCUCGAAGCUAGGUUGUGCCUUUAAAUUGAGAACUAAUUCAUAAUUGUUCACUUCUCUCAUUGACUUCUCAAACCCCAGCCUGGUUUGCUUGGUCUGUUUCGCAAGCUUUCCCGGAAGUCUCUGGGUUUAGAAACUGUGGCGCAGCUUUUCAGCGGUACGGAUUAAAUCCAGCCUUAAACCUAGUUUUAGAUUGAGAUGGACGUUCAAUAGAGAAUAUCCCGUGAACACAGUUUAUAGUCUAGGACUAGGCUGACGAUAUGUCCGGGAAACCAGCCCAAAGAGUAAAUGAUUGGAAGGAAGUUCUGCCAACAUUUCGGACGGAGCUGUCAUGUAUGAGAAUGACAUGUUCUACUUCUUUUUCCCCACAAACAUCUGAGAGAAAUGACUUUGCCACAUCCAUGACAUCAUUGUAAUAAACUGAUAUAUAAAAUGCUUAAUACAUUUA